ACACGGUUUUUUUAGGUAACUCAAGAGGUUUUCUAGGUCUCCACAAGAUAAACAUGACAGAAUUUAAACGUCACUUAUUGUAUUAGCGUUAAAAAUAUUUGGCGAAUUUGAAAGUUAUUGAAAAGAUCAACAAAUAAUAUUUUAUCAUUUUAGUGUGCUUACGGAAGUUAUUUUACUUACCUGCAUACGAAAUACAUUAUAUUUUUAUAACAUAUAUAUCUAAUUGUGAUUUCUAGGAGGAUAAAGUUUGUAGGUUAUAUUGAUUAUUUUUAUUGUCAAAAUAGAACUAUGACUGUGAGCCCCGAUAUGUCGGAGAAGGAGAUUCUCAACGAUUUUAAAGAAAAUUAUGGUAAGAUCAGAAAGCUGCUUGAUGAGGAUAGUAAAAAUGAUCCGGAAAAUGAGCCUUAUAUGUCGAAAUACAAAGCGAAAGGAAUACUCGUGUCUAUGGGCGACAGUUUGAAGAAAUUACUGGAUAGUCCGACUAGUUUGGAUGACCUGAAGCUCCAAGCCAUGUUAGGGACUGUAUUACUAAACAUUGGCAUCAUUGACAUGGAAACUGAAGAGCUGUCAUCAAGUGAAAAGGUUUUGUCAGAGGCCAUUGACUUGCUUUCUCCAAAUUCUACAAAACCAGAAAUAAUUAUAACUCUAAUAAACGUUUAUAAUAACUUGGGUAUUCUGUGGUCAAAUCGUGAUGCUCCUGAUAAGGCAAAAACAUAUUUGAUACAAGCUAAAGAAUUGUAUGAAAAUUUUAAAUGCACACUGCAGUUGCCUCUGCCUAUCGAACAAAUUGUGAGCCCUACAGGAGAGAGUCCAAUGGGAGACUUUAUGUUACUUGAGAAAGCUCACACUCUGACUCUAUAUUAUCUGGCACAAGUAUUUGGUUCUUUGAGGGAGAAUUUAAAGUCUGCUAUUUAUUGUCAUGUGACAUUACGUAGGCAGUUGCAGUACAAUGAUUAUGAACCAAUAGACUGGGCUCUGAAUUCCGCAACAUUAUCACAGUUCUUUGCAGAGCAGAAUGGGUUUUUCCAGUCAAGACAUCAUUUGGCAGCGGCUUCAACAAUCUUAGAACAGUAUGAAGAGAAAUUGGGAUCCUCUGAUAAUAAUGAUGAGGUGUUUCUGGCAAAAAUUGAAACAUUUAAGCAUAGAUCAGCUGAUGUGGCACGGUGUUGGGCUAAAUAUUGUAUUCUACUUAUGACUUCAUCUAAAGCAAGGCUGAUGAAUGAUUCUGAACAAAUGACUGAAGAUGUGACAGAUUUGUCCAAUCUCAAAUUGGAAGACCAAGAAAACAUUUGUGGUGGUGACAUCACAAAGCUUGUAUUCACAGACCUGGAUGUCUCAAAGUAUGAGAGUAAAGUUGGAGAUAAGUUCCUUCUCACUUACCAGGAUGCUAGAGAAGUUUUUUUGAGCUGUCAGACUUGGCUCAACAAGGCCAAGGAGUACUACAAACUUGAUACCUUAGCUUCCGAUUACAUAGAACUUGUACAAGACAGCUCCCAGUCAUACAGUUACCUGGCUUUCUUUGAAGAGGAUGACGAACGGCGCGCCAAAAUGCACAAGAGAAGAAUUGACAUGCUAGAAGACUUACUCAAAGAAAUCAAUCCUGUAUACUACCUACAAUACUGCAGGCAACUUUGGUAUGAGCUUGGUGAAGUCUACUCUGAUAUACUUAACAUAAAGCUUGAGAAACUUAACAAAUCAACAGAGAAACCUACACCUCAUGCUUUGAAAAAAAUCAAUAAUCUUUGCGAAAAGAGUAUUGAAAACUUUGAUCAUUUCUUGAACUCUGUUAAGGAUAAAGAUGGUAAAAUGCCCAACAAAUUGGCACUAGAAUUAGUAAGACCUGUCAUCAGUGCUCUUGCGUUUAUUGGUAGGAAUAGUAUGAAGAGAGUAGCUGUAGACAAGGUAUUACAGUUAAGAAAUGUACAAAAGAGUUUCGAUUCUUAUCAAGCAGUUGUUGAUAUUUGUACAAAUUGUGAGGAUGCAGCUGCAAUGAUGCAUGAAGAGUUUUCUUUGUGCCAAGAAAUGGUAAAGAUAUUACCAAUUAAAAUAAAGAGAUUGCAAAUUGAGACAGCACAAUAGAAAUACUGAAGUUUUUAUUGUGAAAAACACUAAAAUGUACAGCAGUGUUGUCUGGUUUACUCAGAGUGCUUGUAAAAUGCUGCUUUUGAAUUCAUCUGGCUGAUAUAAGUAGUGAGAGAUUUUGCUCAACAGAUGGCAUUAAUGUCGCGUGAGCUUUGUUUGUCCAAUCACAGUAGAUGUCAAAAGUUCAAUGUCCAAUGGUUUUCACAAAUUUGAUUCUCCAUUUGGCUGGCCAGACCUCACGCGAUAUUAGCACUAUUUGAUAAGCAGAAAUACCCACUUUAUCUUGAUAGCGCGUCAUAGGCUAUAGGUACCAUA